UAGUAGUUAUAUACACAAAAAUUAGAUAAAAAAUGACGGAUACAAAAAUAAGUGUUAAUUUUGCUUGUCAAAGAUGUUUACAUCCAUUAAAUUUAGAUGAAUCGUUUAAUUAUUUAGGUGAACAUACGUUAGCUUCAUUAAUAUUGCCUAUACAUUCAAAUCCCGAUAUUGAUAUUGAAUCACAAGCAUCAAGUUUGGAUUUAUUUGUGCCACCUUUUCGUUUAACUGAAUAUGAAAAUGGUGCAAGUGGUUUUAUGCUAAUAUCUGACGGUGGUACAGAAAGCUUAAAUCAUCAAAUGCGUGUUCGAGCUAACUUAUUUGAUACUUUAUCAUCAUAUUCAAAUUUCGAUCAUCCAUUGUGUGAUGAAUGUACAGAUACACUUUUAGAAUUAUUAGAGCAUCAGUUAAAAGUUACGGAAAGUGAUUGGGUGGAUUAUAAAGAAUACCUUAAAAAGUAUGACUUGAAUUUAUUAGAGAAUGAAACAAAUGAACCGAGUAUAGAAGCAUUAGAACGUGAAUUAGAAGAUUACCGGAAUGAAGAACAACGAUUACUAAACGAAUUGGAAGCCUUACAGAGUGAAGUAAAAGCAACGACAGAAGCAUUGGAAGAGCAAAAAUUGGAACAAAAACGUUUAAAAGAAGAGGAAGAAAAAUAUUGGAGAGAAUAUACGAAACAUCGAAGAUAUGUUAUGUUAACUGAAGACGAUUAUAAAAGUUUGGAGUGUCAAUUACAUUACGCUCAACAACAAUUAGACAAAUUAAAGAAAACUAAUGUAUUCAAUGCAACAUUUCAUAUAUGGCAUUCUGGACAUUUUGGGACAAUUAAUAAUUUUCGAUUAGGGCGAUUACCGUCAGCACCUGUUGAUUGGUCUGAAAUAAACGCAGCUUGGGGUCAAACAGCUCUAUUAUUGAAUGCAUUAGCUCGUAAAAUGAAUCUUACAUUUGAAAAGUAUAAAGUUGUACCUUAUGGAAAUCAUUCAUAUAUUUAUGUUUACGCAGAUCACCGAGAAUUGCCAUUAUUUGGUGUUGGUGGAUUUCGUUAUAUGUGGAGUACGAAAUUCGAUGAUGCUAUGAAUGCAUUUUUAGAUUGUUUACAACAAUUUAAAGAAGAAGUGGAAAAGGAAGAUCCUGGAUUUUGUUUACCAUACAAAAUUCGUAUGGAUAAAAAUAAUCCAGAAAAAUCUGGUAAAAUUGAAGAUUCUGCUAAUGGCAAUUGUUACUUUAUCAAGAUACAAUUUAAUUCUGAAGAACAAUGGACAAAAGCACUUAAAUUUUUAUUAACAAAUUUAAAAUGGGGUUUGGCAUGGGUUUCAUCACAAUUUGAUAGUAUUGAAGAUGAGAGUGGACCUCAACAAAUUGCACCAACUACAAGUGCGCCGACUACAACAUCAACACCAAAUCGAUAAAAAAGGUAUUUUUUUUAUUAAAUUAUUAUGUAAAUAUUGUUGUAUUAUUAAAUAAAAAAACAAAAAACAAAUUAUAUUUAACAAAUCGUCACGAUAUUUUUAUUAAAUUUUAAUUAUUUGACC